AUGAUCUUGUACUUCCAUUUCGUUUGGACAAACAUGUGGCAGGAGGCUCAGAUCGUGGCGUGUGGUGGCUGGUCUUCGGAGCGCCCCGGCUCCGGAAAGGUUGAAAAAGGCCUGGGUCACUUGCGGCACUUCGCUGUGCAUCCCGACUGGACGGGCAAGGCGUUGGGCCGGCGCAUUUUCGAGGCGUGCGUGGAGCAGGCAAGGCAGGAGGGCAUCGAGGACUUCGAAUGCUUCUCCUCCCUCAACGCUGAGGGCUUCUACGCCAAGCUGGGCUUGCGCACGGUGGGCGUCAAGGAAAUCUUGUUGAGAGGCGACCUCCCGUUCCCCAGCAAGGUCAUGACCACCUUGACUACCCCAGCUUCCUGAUCGUGCUUGCGCGUGAGCGUGCGCGUUGCAUCAGCUCGUUUUAGCAACGUCUGGUUUGGGGCUGUAUUGUGUUGUUGUUCCCUCCUAGAGGCAACUCAAGCCCAGCUGUGUACAGUGUACAGUGCGGCGUACUUUUCUUGGAUCAUUUAGAGCACUUG